AUGGCCGUGACGGAAUACCAAGAAGUGAGAUAUCCCAUCCUCCCACCCACCACACCACUAACCCCUCAACCCCACCAGCGCGUAUACGCCCUCCUCGUGCAAAUCCCCCGCGGGAGAGUCUCCUCCUACGCCUCCCUCUCGCGCGCUCUCGCGUCCUCGCCCCGCGCCGUAGGCGGAGCGUUAAGACGGAAUCCGUUUGUGCCGGAUGUGCCAUGCCAUCGGAUUAUCUGCGCAGAUGGGGCAAUAGGUGGGUUUAAAGGCGAGGCGCAAGAUGCGCCAUCGGGUGUGAAUCGGAAGGUGAAGGAGGGGCUUUUGAGGAGUGAGGGCGUGCUUUUUGAUGGGAGGGGGAUGUUGGUGAUGGGGGGAGGUGGUGGGAUGAUUUUAAGGCUUGAUGGUGAUGAUGAUUGA